AUGGCGAACAAGAAAGUCCUUAUCAUCCUCUCGGACGCCAACGCCUUUCCCCUCCACAACACAGGCAACACCGGCGAGACCAAAGACCAACCUUCCGGUUUCUUCCUGAUCGAGCUCGCGAAGCCGCUCCAGAAACUCCUCGACAAUGGCUACGAAGUCACCUUCGCCUCGCCCGAAGGCAAGGAACCACAGCCCGACCCCAACUCCGAGACACUCCUCGCAUUCGCGGGCAACUACCUCGAGCGCAAGAGGGAGAACGAGCUCAUCGAGAAGAUGAAGAGAGACAACGGUUUGGCUCGCCCCAAGAAGUUAUCCGAGAUCAGCGACGAUGAGCUGAAGUCGUACACCGGUGUCUUCUUGCCGGGUGGACAUGCUCCGUUGGCGGAUUUGGGAGACAACCCUGAGCUGGGCAGGAUCUUGCGGCACUUCCAUGCCGAGCACAAGCCUACGGCGGCGAUUUGCCAUGGGCCGUAUGCAUUCUUGAGUACGCAAUAUGCCGGGGACAAGGACUUCAUUUACAAGGGGUACAAGAUUACGAGCUGGAGUGACAACGAGGAGAAGAUGAUGGAGACGAUGCUGAGGGGAGAGGUCGACAAGGUCGAGAGUCAGCUGAGGGAAGCUGGGGCGGACAUGCAAACUGGGAUGGGGGAGAAGAUGGGGUAUAUCACCGUCGAUCGGGAGGUCGUCAGCGGUGGGAAUCCUCUUGCGGCGAACUCGUUGGGUGACAAAUUUGUGGAGAUGCUGAAGGCAUAG